GUGACGUCAUUAGAAGGUGCAUUCCAUCAUGGCGGACCGAGAGAGAGAAGUUUUAGAGAAACAGAUCAGAUGUUUGUCCAACCUGAUCAGCACACACAAGCAGCUGUCAGCCCAAGAGCAGCUACAGGACAGGUUGGGACAGCAGACAGCAAGACAGCUACAGGGCAGGAGGGGGCAGCAGACUUCAGCACCUGUCGCUUCUUCAAGACAUGCCAGACACAGGUACACCUGGAGUGCACCUGUCGGCAGCACUAACACACACCCGACGUCUGCUUGUAGUUCAGCUGUUAGCAGUACCAGAACAACGGCAGCAGCUACUGCACACAAACUGGUCAGACAGACGCCGGCAGCACCCGUGUCUGCUCACAUGACUGUCACCACGGCAACUACAGGGUUCACAUCAGGUCGUAUAGUAGCUGUCCCCGUACGCAGACCGUCGUCCCGCCCAGCCGGACAGGGUAGCGGUCACCCCUCCUCUGGUGCUAAAGUUAUCAGGAGUGCGGCAGCUUCACAGGGCAGCUCCCAGUACAGAUGGACUCCUGCUGUCACAAGUACAGCCAAUGCUGCAUCUGGGCUGGUACAGAGGACAGCAGUCACCCUGACCAAUCCAAAAACUACAGUCCCCCCAGCUAACACAAUCCUGAAAACUGCUAAGACAAACUUACAGAAACCUACAGAGUCAGGAGUGAAGCCCCCAGCCCACCCUGUGACCACCUCUGUGUCUGUACCAUCACAGCCUGUCUCUACUGGCCGCGUUGUUGCCACUAAAUACUCACUGAAGAAGGUCUCCCCAGCUCAGCUGUCUCUCAGUAAAACUUCCACCCCCAGAGCCGCGGCGUCGGCUGGUGUCCGACCGUCCACAGGUCGGGUUGUUUCCAGUAGGUUCAGGUUAAGGAAGGCGGGUACAGAGCCAGGCUCUCUCCAGGCACACAGUAGAACUGUUGGUACAGAGUUAGGACCUCCCCAGGCACACAGUAGAGCUGUACAAGCUGCAGGGUCAUCAGGGGUCGUGUGUAGUCGCUACAGACUGAACAAAGUCUCACCAGGAGGAACAAACAAGUCAGGAGCACACAGGGUGGGUGGGAGGGGGAAGACUCCGUCUCCUAAGGUCCUGACAAGCAAACAUAAGCUGAGACGCCAGGCUGGGAGAGGAAGCAGUAUGUCCAAGACGUCCCCAAGUCUGAGUAAGAGGUCUCCGGCGGGGUUUGUGACUGCAGGGAAGUACAAGCUGCGAGCGAAGCGGGGCGGAACGCCGGGCGUGAGGAGGGGUGGGGGGAAGUCCGCGGGCGCCGUGGUCAGCAGGUACAGACUGGUGAAGCCUCGGCCGGCUGCAGACACAGACAGGCCAGCUAAGGACACGGGGACAGCAAAGUUCCCCAGCCAGGAACAGCUGAGAUGGACAAGGUCAAGUUCCUCUGCUGUCAUGGCAGAGCAGCAUCGGGUUACGGACACCAGGAGGGGACGCUACGUCACUCCUGGAACAGUGAGCACACCUGGGCUGGGCAGACGGGUCAGUCGAUACAAGAUCGUCAAGUCUUCCACCUCAGCCGCUGGCAGCAUGUCAAAACGCACCAGGCCGGACCCACGGACGACGCGUUAUUACGUGAAGACAGCGUCAGGAAAGCUGCUGGUGAAGGGCGGAGUCGUUUACAAGCUCAGCAGCAGCCGUCUGACCCGGGCCUCACACUUUCACUCUCACAGGUACACACUUUCACUCUCACAGGUACACACUUUCACUCUCACAGGUAAACCAGCGGCACACAAAGACGUCAAGGUCAACAUCCGGGGAGAGAGGUUCCUACUAGACGCCAGCGGCAAGACGCUGACUCGGGUCAAGGAAACCGCAGGGUCUUCCACCAAUGAGGCCGCAGGGACUCGUCCCGGGAAGGAACCAUUCACACCCAGGGGGGUGUCCAGGGUGGUCAUCCGGGGCGUCCCCUUCAUCCGCACGGCGCCGGGAAAACUCGUGCGGUCUUCAGCGACCAAUAAGGUGCAGGAAAUGGCCAGCCGUGCGGUACAGAGGAGCAUCCUGACCAGUCAGACGGCCCGCUACAGGAAAACCAACCGGCAGGCCGCGGCGCGCCAGUACUGCAUGUUCUACAACCGCUUCGGCCGCUGUAACCGUGGCAACGACUGUCCCUACAUCCACGACCCCGACAAGGUCGCCGUCUGCACCAGGUUCUUACGAGGGACGUGCCCAGUCAACGACUGCCCCUUCUCUCACAAGGUCUCACCUGACAAGAUGCCGGUGUGCUCGUACUUCCUGCGCGGCGUGUGUAACCGUGACGACUGCCCGUACUCCCACGUGUACGUGAGCCGGAACGCGCAGGUGUGCCAGGACUUCGUGCACGGGUACUGUCCCCGCGGGAAACAGUGUACGAAGAAGCACACGCUGGACUGCCCAGACUUCAGCCGGACCGGCUCAUGUCCCCGCGGGGGGAGGUGCAGGAUGGUCCACAGGAGGAGGAGGGAGAAGAGGAGACAUGCGGAGGCUGGGGAGGAGACAAGGGGGGAGGAUGCAGAUGGGAGAGAGGAAACUGCUGCAUCACACAGACCUGCGGAGGGAGACCCCGACUCUGGGGAGGAACAUCAGCAGGAGUCUGGGGAGGAUUCUAGGGAGGAGUCUGGGGAGGAGUCUGGGGAGGAACCUCCCAGGAAAGUGGCCAAACUCCCCUCCUUCAUCUCACUGAGAGACAGCAUGGAUGCAGGCAGUACAGAACAACCUGGUCAAGGUCAGGAGAAACUCCCAGCAUUCCCUUCACAGUCAGGCAGCCAAUCAGAGAGCAGGGCUCGAGCAGAACAAGUCCUAGAGCGGCUGCAGAUCCGGCCACGGUUCCUGGCCAGACCGAGGAGGGGAGGGGAGAACGACGGGACCACGGGGUCAGCGGAGAAGGACGGAUCGGCGGGAGAGUAA